AUGAUAUCCGUCAUCAAAUCGCCAAACACAAAUCAAAAGUUUUUACUAUUAGACGCACCUACUAAAAGAACCCUUCCAAAAUAUAUUGACGCUUUCAAGCAAGAAAAUGUAUCCGACUUGAUACGAAUAUGCCAUCGACCCGUAGUGGAUUUAUCUGAUAACAAUGGCAAAAACUCAAUAGGAGAAAACGAAUACGAUGCAGAAGAAUUAGAAAAGACUACCGGUAUCAAGGUCAAUGAUGAUAUUAAAUUUGAAGACGGUGGAGUACCAAGCCCUGAAGCCAUCAGCCGUUGGUUAGAGAUCGUAGCGAAAGCCAAAGAGAAGGAUACAACUGUUGGUGUUCAUUGUAUAGCUGGUAUUGGAAGAGCACCAGUGCUAGUUGCUAUUUCGCUUGUGGAAGGUGGCAUGGAUCCAUUGGACGCAAUUGCUUACAUACGAAAAUAUCGGAGAGGUGCAUUGAAUAAGAAUCAAGUUCGAUUUAUAGACAAAUACCAAAAGUCGUCGAGCAAAUCGAAAAAGAAGCUGUUUGGAUGGUGGUAG